AUGGACUCCCUGAUCUUUGCGUCGUCCCCCCCCAACCUGUCGGACCACCUGAUGUACGACAGCUUCCUGCAGGGGAACGACUCUGAGCUCCACGGGAACUACUCCGACCCCAGCUUCAACCAAAUCAGCACGGUGAUCAUCACCUGCAUGUACUUCAUGGUCUGCACCGUGGGGCUCUGCGGAAACGCCCUCGUCAUCUACGUCAUCCUGCGCUACGCCAAGAUGAAGACGGUCACCAACAUCUACAUCCUCAACCUGGCGGUGGCCGACGUGCUCUUCAUGCUGGGCCUGCCGUUCAUCGCCAUCCAGCUGGCGCUCGUCCACUGGCCCUUCGGCCCCGUGCUCUGCCGGGUGGUGAUGACCCUGGACUCCCUGAAUCAGUUCACGUCCAUCUUCUGCCUGAUGGUGAUGAGCAUCGACCGCUACCUGGCGGUGGUCCAUCCCAUUAAGUCCACCAAGUGGCGCAAACCCCGCAUGGCCAAGACAAUCAACCUGACCGUGUGGGGGGUGUCGCUGAUUGUUAACAUUCCCGUCGUCAUCUACAGCGGCGUCAUCACGAAGCAAAACGGCUGCUUCUGCACCAUCGUGUGGCCCGAGCCCCAGGAGGCCUACUACACGGCCUUCAUGUUCUACACCUUCAUCCUGGGCUUCUUCCUGCCGCUCAUGGUCAUCUGCCUCUGCUACCUCUUCAUCAUCAUCAAGGUGAAGUCGUCCGGGAUGCGCGUGGCCUCCUCCAAGAGGAAGCGCUCCGAGAGGAAGGUGACCCGCAUGGUGUCCAUCGUGGUGGCGGUGUUCGUCUUCUGCUGGCUGCCCUUCUACAUCUUCAACGUCACCUCGGUAACGGGCACCAUCAGCACCACGCCCAUCCUGCGGAGCACUUUCGCUUUUGUGGUGGUGCUGGGCUACGCCAACAGCUGCGCCAACCCCAUCCUCUACGCGUUCCUCUCGGAGAACUUCAAGAAGAGUUUCCAGAAUGUGCUCUGCCUGAAGAAGGUGGGGGGGCUGGACGAGGUCGAGCGCAGCGACAGCCGGCAGGAUAAGUCUCGGAUGAUGAACGACCCGACGGAGACGCAGAGCACGCUGCUGAACGGCGACCUGCAGACCAGCAUCUGA